AUGCAUACUGUGCGCACGCUGUCACGCAUUCGUGCCAAGGCAAAGCUUGCGACGCGCGCUUUUGCUACAGACAAGCGCUACAUACCCGUGAAUGAGGUGCCUGCAAGUGUGUUGCAAAAUAUCAAUUCGGAGACUGUUUUUUCACCGGGUUUUGCGGUUCGCGGCGAGCACGCGCCAAUUAAAGGUGCCAAGCCUGCGUAUCUAGAUGUGCAGGCCACGUCGCCUAUGGAUCCGCGUGUUCUUGAUGCUAUGUUACCGUACAUGACGUAUGCCUACGGCAAUCCACACUCGACAACCCACGAAUUUGGGUGGGACGCCGACAAAGCGGUGGAACAUGCGCGUGGGAGCGUAGCUAAUCUCAUUGGUGCAAAUUCAAAAGAAAUUAUUUUUACGUCUGGUGCCACUGAGUGCAACAAUGCAAUAUUGAAAGGGAUUGCACAUUUUACUAAAGCUAAAAAGAAGCACAUUAUUACGACGCAAAUUGAACACAAGUGCGUGUUGGACUCGUGUCGUGUUUUAGAGACUGAAGGCUUUGAGGUUACGUACUUGCCAGUGGGCACGAACGGUCUUGUGGACUUAAACCAGUUGCAAGAUGCCAUUCGACCAGACACGGCAUUGAUUUCCAUUAUUGCAGUGCACAACGAAAUUGGCGUACUUCAGCCACUUAAAGAAAUUGGGCGCAUUUGUCGUGAACGCAAAGUCUUUUUUCAUACCGAUGCUGCUCAAAUGGUGGGCAAGAUGCCAAUUCAUGUGGACGACAUGAAUAUUGACGUCAUGUCCAUGUCGGGUCAUAAGAUUUACGGACCAAAAGGUGUUGGAGCCAUGUACGUUCGUCGACGUCCGCGUGUGCGUUUAGAGCCCAUUAUCUCCGGUGGCGGCCAAGAGCGUGGUCUCCGUAGUGGCACGCUCGCAACACCGCUGGUUGUAGGUUUUGGUAAAGCAUGCGAAAUUGCUGCUCAGGAGAUGGAGAAUGAUCAUCGCUGGGUUAGCUAUUUAUCCGAAAAGCUAUAUCAAGGAAUAACAGACCAGAUCGAGCAUGUUGUUUUAAACGGAGACCGUGAAAAACGAUAUCCUGGUAAUCUGAAUCUUUCUUUUGCUUAUGUGGAAGGAGAAAGUCUGCUUAUGGCCCUCAAAAAUAUCGCCGUUUCAUCGGGUAGCGCAUGUACUAGCGCAUCGCUCGAGCCCUCGUACGUGUUGCGCGCUAUUGGGGUUGGCGAAGAUUUAGCACACACAUCGAUUCGCUUUGGUAUUGGCCGAUUCACAACGGAAGAGGAGAUCGUAUAUGCCGUAGAUUUGUGCGUUAAACACGUCAAUCGUCUACGCGAGAUGAGUCCGCUUUGGGAAUUGGUGCAGGAAGGCAUUGAUCCCAACACAAUUCAGUGGAGUCAAGAUGCGCAUUAG